UGCUCCACCCCGUAGGCGCCUCCUCCCGGCGUCUCCCGUCCCCAGCGCUCCGGCGAGCUGGCCUCCGCUGCAGUUGAGCCGGGCUCGCACUAUGCAGCGCCUGGCCAUGGACCUGCGGGUGCUGUCCCGGGAGCUGGCGCUCUACCUGGAGCACCAGGUUCGCGUCGGCUUCUUCGGCUCGGGCGUGGGCUUGUCACUGAUCUUGGGAUUCAGCGUUGCCUAUGCUUGCUACUACCUGAGUAGCAUUGCCAAGAAACCCCAGUUAGUGAUUGGAGGGGAGAGUUUCAGCCGCUUCCUACAGGACCACUGUCCCGUGGUGACAGAAACCUAUUACCCGACGGUCUGGUGCUGGGAGAGCCGAGGACAGACAUUGCUGAGACCCUUCAUCACUUCCAAACCCCCGGUGCAAUACAGGAACGAACUCAUUAAAACUGCAGACGGAGGACAGAUCUCACUGGACUGGUUUGAUAACAAUAACAGUGCGUACUAUGUGGAUGCCAGCACCAGACCUACUAUCUUGCUCUUGCCUGGCCUCACUGGAACAAGCAAGGAAUCCUACAUCCUUCAUAUGAUCCAUCUCAGUGAAGAAUUAGGAUACAGGUGUGUGGUUUUUAAUAACAGAGGAGUAGCAGGAGAAAGUCUCUUGACACCACGGACUUACUGCUGUGCGAACACUGAAGACUUGGAGGCCGUCGUCCACCACGUGCACAGCCUGUACCCUGGGGCUCCUUUUCUGGCAGCAGGCGUAUCAAUGGGAGGCUGUUUCCCCAGGGUGUGCCCCUCCAAUUGGCGAGAGAAUGAGGUCCUUCUUUCAAGGUAAAAUAAUAACCUUUUGGAGGCAGCACUUUGACAUUUGUUCAUUCCUAAGUAAUAGCUAGGAAUUGCCUCUAAAGAGGUGGUUGUGCCUAUUCCAGGGUCUUUCUACUUCCUUUCCACGUGUUCUGACUUGUGUGUUUUACCAGCCUCUGGCCAUUGUCUGACUCCAACUGAAGUGUAAAGUUACCAUAUGAGAGAGGACACUAUGGUGAACUCUUCCCAGGACAGAAAGCAUCCUUCAAAGGGCUCAGUGACCAUAGCACUGUAUGCAAGUCAUAUGGUCAUUCUGAAGGGUCAUUUUCAAGUCAUGCGUGAUGGAGCACAUCUGUAAUUCUAGCAUUCCUGAAGGCUGAGGGAGGGGAGGGUUACAAGUUUCAAGCCGGCUUGAGCUAAAAAGAGUAAACUGUCUUAAGACAACAGUCAUUAUCAGGGCUGACAAGACAGCUCAGGAGGUGAGGGUACCUGCUACCUGCAUGAUGGCCCAAGUUUUAUCCUGGGUUCUACAGAGUAGAAAGAACUGACUCCCUCAAAUUGUUCUCUGACCUCCACAAACUUGCUAUAGACCAUACAUGCAUGUAUAUACACAUACACACAAAAAAUAAAUUUAAAUUUUUUUCAAAAAAAAUUUAAAAAUUAUUUUCAAAAGCUAGAUGUCUACUUUUCAUAAAAAUUCCCUACCCUUAUAAGUGAUUUGAAUUGCAAAAGAUAAUGCUAGAGUAUUUUAGCUAUUUCAAAACCUAGCCUGUUAAAGAAACUAUGUACAGAAGCUAUAAUGAGUGGAGGUUUGUGGCGUCAUCCUUCAUACUUAGGACUGUUGAGCUCUAACUCAGUUCUCAUCCCCCUUACUCAAAUAGAACUUGGCUAGAAUUGAGAAAAUUAAAGAAACGGAGGACAAGAACAUAGGAAACCAUGUGACACGGCGUAAUAAGGAAGAGAAAACCAGCAGCUCUAAGGCUGUGCUCUGCCACAGCUUGGAAAGUCUAACACUGGACGGAGAGUACUUCAGAGUCUCGCUGAGGACGGUGACCUCACAGACCAGUGACCUCCGGAGCUCAGUGCAUGACAUCAUGGGUGACAAUGGUGACCACACAGACCAGUGACCUCCGGAGCUCAGUGCAUGACAUCAUGGGUGACAGUGGUGACCACACAGACCAGUGACCUCCGGAGCUCAGUGCAUGGCAUCAUGGGUGACAGUGGUGACCUCACAGACCAGUGACCUCAGUAGCUCAGUGCAUGACAUCAUGGGUGACAAUGGUGACCACACAGACCAGUGACCUCCGGAGCUCAGUGCAUGGCAUCAUGGGUAACAGUGGUGACCACACAGACCAGUGACCUCUGGAGCUCAGUGCAUAACAUCAUGGGUGACAAUGGUGACCACACAGACCAGUGACCUCCGGAGCUCAGUGCAUAACAUCAUGGGUGACAAUGG